AUGUCGAACGAACAGCUCAUCACCGUCUCAUACCAAGAUCGCGUUGCGAUUGUCACUCUUAACAGACCCGACAAGCUAAACGCUCUCAACCAAGACCUCUACUACCUUCUCGCCGAGCGUCUGCGCGAGAUCGACCAGCGUGAAGAUAUCUUCAUUACCGUCUUGACCGGUACGGGUCGAUUCUUCUCAGCCGGAGCAGACGUAACAAGCUCUCGACCAAACGGCGACCUAGCCGGUAAUGGUCGCCGCGAGCUCGUUCGCGGCUUCGUUGCCAAUAAUGUCGACGUAACCCGCACUUUCUACACCCACUCCAAGAUCCUAGUUGUAGCCCUGAACGGGCCAGCCGUCGGCCUCUCAGCCGCACUAGUCGCCCAUGCAGACUUUAUUUACGCAGCACCCCACACAUUCAUCCUUACGCCAUUUUCGUCCCUCGGCCUUGUAGCUGAGGGCGGUGCUAGCCGCGCCUUUGUCGAGAGACUUGGUAUUGCCAAGGCAAAUGAGGCCCUCAUCAUGAGUAAGCGGAUUACAUGCGAAGAGCUUGUUGCUGCUGGCUUUGUGAACAAGGUGUUUACGCCCGCUAGUGGUAACAAGGAGGAUUCAGAUGGGUUCUUGAAGCUUGUUCUUGAAGAGGUUGAGGAGAGGCUUGGGACGCACUUGAAUCAGUCUUCCUUGCUCAAGAUUAAGGAGCUUGUUAGACGGCCCGAGAGGGAGAUUUUGGACCGUCAGAAUGGACUCGAGGCUUUUAUGGGGCUGGAGCGGUUUAUGAUGGGACUGCCGCAGGAGGAGUUCAGGAAGUUGGCUUCUGGUGAGAAGAAGCAUAAGCUUUAA